AUGAUUCUACCAUAGUGGAAGAGUAUAGCGUGAAAUGGGAUACGAGGUUACAUAUGCUUCUUGAAUAAUUUUUGAAAAAAAGUUUAGUUGAAAUUCAAAAAUGACUUUACGAAAUAAAAAAGCUCGAAAGAAUCUUGGAUUUUAUGUGAACAAUUACAAAUUUCAUCAACCAUUUCAAAUUCUUAUUGAUGGUACGUUUGCAUUCGCGGCAUUACAGAACAAAUUCAACAUACAGGAACAACUUAAAAAAUAUUUUCAAUCGGAAUUAAAGCUAUUAACAACAUCAUGCAUUAUUUCUGAAACUGAAAAACUUAAUAUUAAUGGUGCCACACAAAUAGUGAAACAAUAUGCUAUACAUAAGUGUGGACAUGAAAAGAAACCAACAAGCGGUUCAAAAUGUUUAUUAUCUAUGAUAGGAAAAAAUAAUAGUUCAAGAUAUAUUAUUGCAACGCAAGAUCGUGAGCUUCAAGACAAGUUGAGGUUAAUUCCAGGAGUUCCUUUAAUUUAUUUACAUGGAAAAACACCUACACUAGAAUCUCCUUCGGAAGCAAGUCGUAAAGACGCAGAAGUUAUGCAAAAAGACUUAGGUAUGACUAUGUGGCAGAAAGAAAAUAUAAAGAUAUUACAGGAGCAAGCAGGAAUAGUCCAAGAAAAAGAUGGUAAAUUAAAAAAAAGGAAAAAAAAGGGAGGGCCAAAUCCACUUAGUUGCUUAAAAAAAAAGAAAAAAUCAGAAACAAUAAUAUCAAGCAAAAAUAGUACAAAAUCUGGUAAAAUCAGAAAAAGAAAGAUUAAAAUAGCACCAUACAUUAAAGAGGCUUUAGUAACAGAAUUGAAGAAUAAAUGUGGGGCAUAAAACUAUGUACAAAUUAUGCGAAUUUUGAACAAUCCGUAAAUAUAUAGGAAGUAAAAAUGUUAAAAAAAAAUCAUAUGUGAUAAUUCAAAAAACAGAAAAAGAUAAUUAUAUAUGAUAUAAUAUUUGUAUUUGUGUUAAUGUAAGAAAAAUAAAGCAUUUAUAUAAA